UGGGGCCCUGCGCUCUGGAGUACACCAAACUAAAAACGUCAGAUCAUUUCUGGACGGACCCCUCAGCCAACGAGCUAGUUCAGCGUCACCGUAUCCACGGGGCCCACCGGGGCCAGGACACAUCGGCGGGCCGGCGGCCUGCUCUCGGGAUCCGGAAGCGGCAGUCCAGCGGCAGCAUGUCAGAGGACAGGUUUGCUGCGUCAGCGAGGGAAUAUGUUGAGUCUCUUCACCAAAACUCCAGAACACACCUUCUCUACGGCAAAAACAACGUCCUGGUCCAGCCGGUAUUUUUAUUUAUGGACAUAGUUUUGAUAUAAACGGCUUAUUCUAAGGCAACAAAAACAGCGAUUCUUAUUUUC